UUGGUCCCGAGAUGAACUAGCCCAGGGCUAAAAAUCUCGUUAAUAAAGAUAGAAAAAAAAAACCUUAAUUCCGUCAGUAAUACAUAGGAACCGUUACAAAGAUUUCUGUAAAGAAUAUAUCAAAAAAUUUUCGAAAAAUUUCCCCGGAAGAUCUUGUAAAUACUAGUGAAAAAAAAAUUCCGGAGCAAUUCACUGAAACUGUCGUUAUUUUAAUUUUAAGAAAUAUCUCCAAAAUUUUUAUAGAAAUUCUCAAGAAGCUUACUUGGUGUUUUUUCAAAUAUGUUUCAUAAAUUAUUUGCAGAAAAGUUUACAUGAAUUUAUCAAAGCUUGCAUGGAUUUAACAAUUAAAAAUCGAUAUAUGGAGUGCAACUUGUAAUUCGCUUCUUCAAAUUGAUAGAACAAUGAUUGAUGACCACAAUAGAUCCCAGUGUGGCCUUGAACGAUUUUUCGGAUGCAAAAAUUUCGUUGACCUCACAAAGGUUUACGUGAUUUUGAUGCUGCUGAGAAAGAAAAUGCAUCAUUAUGCUUUCAUUCAUAACGUUGAAGAUAACGUCGUUUUGUGAUAGAAAACAUUCAUCUUUUUUUUUUGUAAAGCGAAAAAAAAACACUUUCCAGCUAUAAUCUCGAACAUCCCGAAAAUGAACCAAAAUUACUGAUAAUGUUUCAGUAGCAUUGUAGCCAUCCGUAGUGAAGCACGCUCUGAGUUCUUACUGGCUUCCGAACGCCUUAUCGUAUUAUAUAGCAGUUAAAAGGAAUCGGCAGUUAAAAGUGUGAUGGACGGAACGACCAGACUGUCGGAAUCGGUAAAAUCGGAACUGUGCACCUCCAACAACGAUACCGUCACAUUAGUGUGGCAGAAUUUGACCAUCAGUAGCCAAACACGAAACAGCUGCAGCACAAUUGUGCACAAUGUGAACGGAUCGCUGCAUUCGGGAAGCUUGGUCGCUCUGAUGGGACCCAGUGGAGCUGGCAAAAGUACCCUUAUGGGAGCAUUGGCUCAUCGGAGUUCAGCCGGGAUAACCACGUCAGGCCAAAUUCGAUUGAACGGCAAGCGAAUCGGACCAUUCAUGUACAACGUCAGCGGAAUCAUUUACCAGGAUGAGCUAUUAUGUGGCGAACUAACCGUCGGAGAACAUAUGCACCUUAUGGCCUGUCUCAAACUUGGGCCCUCGCUGUCAACCCACAGGAAACAUCUUUUGAUCAACGACCUGCUAACUCAAACCAACCUGCUACAAUGCUACCACACACAGAUCGGACAAAUUGGCGUACGGAAAACUCUCUCCGGAGGCGAGAGGAAACGUCUUGCAUUUGCCGUAGAGCUGAUCUCUCGACCCAAGAUUCUGUUCUGUGACGAGCCUACAACUGGACUGGAUUCCUACAGUGCCGGCCAAGUGGUACACAUGAUCCGAAGGUUAACGAGAUCUGGGACUUCGGUCAUGUGCACCAUUCAUCAACCGUCGGAUGAGUUGUUCUACAUGUUCGAUAGCGUGCUCUUGCUCUCGAACGGGAGGACAGCAUUUAUGGGAAAGCCUCACGAAGCGAUUCAGUUUUUCGAUAGAUUGGGCAUGAUUCGGCCAGGCAACUGCGCAACGGCAGAACAUUUCAUCAAAUGCCUUUCGACUUGUAGGGACGCUUCGGAUCGGAUUAAACCCGAAACGAUAUGCGACGAAUAUGAGCGCAGCGAUAUCUACCACCAACAGAAGUUGGUCAUAAGCUCUGAACUUCUGUUGUCGGAAUAUGGAUACAGAAGGCCUUUGGAAAUGGAAGAUUCACAGCAGAGGCACAGUUGGUUCUACACGCUUAAUUGCUUGAUCAGAAGAAACUUUCUCUGCGCCCAUCGGAAUCCUCAAUUGCAGUACAUGAAACUGGCACAAAGGCUUGUUAUCGCCGUGUUGGUAGGAUUGUGCUUUUCCAGCACAAUUGAUCUGAGUCAAAGCGGAGCCCAAGCGGUGCAAGGAAUCAUAUUUCUCAUCGUUUCGGAGAAUACCUUUUUACCGAUGUAUGCCGUUCUGUCGGUGUUUCCUGAAUCGUUUCCAUUGUUUUUGCGAGAACGCAAAGCCAAUUUGUACGGAACGGGACAGUUCUAUAUCGCUCAAAUUGUUGCUAUGCUUCCAUUUGUUCUACUGGAGUCAACGACGUUCAUUCUGAUAGUGUACUACCUGGCCCAUCUUCGACCUACGAUACUAGGACUUCUUUGCACCGUGGCAGCUUGUACGCUGGUAAUGAACGUUUCCAUGGCGUGUGGGUGCUUUUUCUCCACCAUGUUCUCUUCGGUUCCAAUGGCCAUGUCCUACCUCGUGCCCUUCGAUUACAUCCUCAUGAUAACGUCCGGAAUCUUCAUUCGGAUAUGGACCAUACCGACGGUGCUACGGUGGAUGCCAUUCAUAUCGUGGAUGAUGUUUGCCAGCGAAGCUAUUUCAGUUGCUCAGUGGGAUGGAAUUGACUAUUUAGAUUGCGAAGGAAUUCCGGACAGGGCGUGUCUGCACGACGGAGAUGACGUUCUUCAGCAGUAUUCGUUUGGUAGAACGCAUUUGAUGUUGGACUUUAUUGCGCUGAUAACUCAGUAUUUUCUAUAUCAUGCUUUAGCAUUACUAUUUUUGCAUAGGCGAGCUUCAAAGAGUUAAUACGAAGCAGUUAUAAGGUGGCGAAAUAAAGACGAAAAAUUAUAAAUCCUAAA